CCGUUCCUCGGACAGUCAUGAAGUGCGUUGUGCUUUUGGUCGUGUUCGCCUCGGCAGUCCUGGCCGCGAAACAACAACAAGAAUCUUUCAAUGUAGACACAGUCCUGAGCAACCCUAGAGUUCUCAACGCCUACCUCAAGUGCGUCCUCGGCACUGGUCCAUGCACCAAGGAGGGUAGAGAAAUGAAACGUCUCCUGCCAGAGGUUGUGAGAACUGCUUGCAAGUCAUGUUCUACUAAGGACAAAGUAAAUCUGAGAAAGUUUUUGAGAAGAGUUGAGGCAGACCCGAAGCUUGCUGAUGCUUGGAGAAAAGUUCUUGAGAAGUACGACCCUCAUCGGCUAUACAGGGAUGGGCUGGAGAAGUUUGUGAAUGCUGACUAUGAUUGAAAACCAAAAUACAACCUUUCACUUGUAAAGUCAAGAAGCAAUUCUAAUUGUUUUGUACUUUUAUAAUUUGUUAAUUUAUUUAUUUGUUUUGGAAAUGUGACAAGUUAAAUUUGUUUUCAAAUAAAGUAGUGUUAAGGUGG